GUUUACUAUUUUAUACUUCUUUACUGUAGUUGUUUACUUUCAUUAUCCUUAUUUCAACAUAAUCUGUGUAUUGUAAAACUGUUCUAGAACGUCUUGUUUAUAGCCCACUAAUUAUGAGCUCUACGUAUACAGCCAGCAGAGAGGCAGCAUUCACUUUCGCCAUCUCAGCAGCUGGGCUGGUUCACGUGAUUUCAAGAUCCUGCCGUGAUGGCAAGCUCUCGAGCUGUGGCUGCGGCCGAGCUCUUAGGCCUAAGACGCUUCGCCGCGACUGGAUUUGGGGAGGCUGCGGUGACAAUAUAGAGUACGGUUAUCGUUUUACUGAAGGAUUUGUUGACGUUCGAGAGAGAGAAAACAAAUACACGAUCGGAUCCACUGAGCAAGGAAGAAAACUGAUGAAUCUACACAAUAACGAAGCUGGAAGAAGGGCAGUCAUUAGAAAGACGAAAAUCACGUGCAAGUGUCACGGAGUUUCCGGUUCCUGUUCCCUGAUCACGUGCUGGCAAGAGCUGGCGAAUUUCCGUGAAGUCGGAGAUCACUUGAAAGAUAAAUAUGACGGAGCUACAGAGGUGAUGAUAAACCCACGAGGAAAGUUACAGGUUCGAAACCCCCAGUACAACGUCCCUACAGCAGAAGACCUGGUCUAUUUGGAGGAGUCACCCGACUAUUGCGUUGAUGAUGAAAACACGGGUUCCUUAGGCACUUACAGGCGCCAGUGUAAUCGCACAGCCCCGGGCACUAAUGGAUGCAACCUUAUGUGUUGUGGGAGAGGGUAUAACACCCAAAAAGUGGUGUUGAAAGAAAGGUGUGCAUGUAAAUUUUACUGGUGUUGUUACGUGAAAUGUAAAACAUGCACGAAAAUCGUAGAUCGGCACACAUGCAAAUAGUAUCGCUACUGGACUUUAAUAGUACGUUUUGAAACAUGGAGUUAUAUCUUACCGUAACUCACCAAGUUUACAAAUAGUAUCGCUACUGGACUUUAAUAGUACGUUUUGAAACAUGGAGUUAUAUCUUACCGUAACUCACCAAGUUUACAUAUAGGACUUUCUAGAAUCUUCAGCUUUACAAAGAAGUUUACCACCAUUAGGGUUGAAAAUAAUUAGUUGCUGGAAUAAACAGGUGACAGAGUUAGAAAUAUCGGAAUGUUCACUGAUAUAAAACGGACAGUAUAUUUGGUUUAGGGAUAAAAAUGUAUUUCUCAUGCUAUGUGAACAUUUAAACAAGAACACGAGUUUUGUAAAAAUUAAGAAAAUAAAUCAUUCCUCUUUAAUGGUCUGUCUUUUUUAGAUCCCAGUUUCAACUUCUUAACAUUUUGUUAUUUUGAAGGAAAGACAUUCGUGUAUCAGUAUUUACAUAACAUCCUCGAGACUAAUAAUUUAUGUUGUUGUAUAUCAUACCCAAACAAAAAUAGGUUAAUUACUACUGUAAACAAACAUGAUUUAAAACCUGUAUGACAUAAUGUCGUUACGUCACGUAAAUUUAAAAGUGUAGGUCUUAAUGUCACCACAUCACGUAAAUUUAAACUGUAGGUCAUAAUGUCGUUACAUCACGUAAAUUUAAACUGUAGGUCA